UAAACUAAAAAUAGCAAUAAUGAGUAAUUAAUGGUAAUUUAUAUUUGCAUGUGAUCUAAGCAUGAGUAUCUUUUUAUAAUUAAAGAAAUAAAUUGUUAUAAUUCAGACUAAAAUCUUUACUCGAUAUACUGUUGUCCUCAAACCUUAUCCGCACGAAAAUCUUCAAAAAAAUAAAACAAUGGGUAUCCUGUCAAAACAGACUAUUUAUCAUGGGAUGGGAUUAACGGAAUCCAACGUUCACGCCAUAAACCUUGUUUAAAUCCCCUAUUUUCACUCUCAAUCCUCGUACAAUUCUGCCAUGAUCCACGCACUUGUUCUUCUUCUGUUACUCACGGAGGCAGCCGCUAAGGCCACCUCAAACAAAGACAUUCAUGAGCUUCUGAGGAGCAGGGGGCUUCCUGCGGGGCUGUUUCCGAAGAAUGCGGUGGAGUACUAUGAUCUUGAUGAGGAUGGGCGGCUGGAGGUGUUCUUUGAGGGGCCGUGCGUGGCAAAGUAUGAGACGAGGGUGAUGUUUGAGAGGGUUGUGAGAGCUAAUCUGAGCUAUGGUGGGAUGACUGGGUUGGAGGGUUUGUCUCAGGAAGAGCUGUUUCUGUGGUUGCCGGUUAAGGGGAUCAAAGUGUAUGACCCUUCUUCUGGGUUGAUCUUGUUUGAUAUUGGCGUGGCUUGCAAGGAGUUGUCUCUUUCUCUCUUUGAAGACCCCCCCAUAUGUUUGCCUCAAGGUGCAUUGAUGGAGGUGGAGUCUGGAUUGCAGAUUGACAGAUACAAAACCUUGCCUUUAUCUGCAGCUUGAUAUGAUCUAAUCUGAACUGAUAUAACAUGGAUUAGUUAGAUUAUGGUGCAAUUUUCUUGGCUUUUGUGUAAUGUGUGAAGGAAAAAGUGGAAGAAAUUCAGGUUUCAUUAUGUGCUUUAGGUUGUAAAAUGGGGUUUGUCUGUGGAAGUUGUGAAAAGAAACUGAAUUAUAUUAUAUGUUUGUAAUUCAUCUAUCAUGCUAUGCCAUGCUCCAAAACAAAAAUAACA